AUGGAGGGAGAUACCACCGGUACCGGCAUCGGCAUCGGUAUUCCACCCUCUCCGUCAGGGAAGCAAGCCAUGAAACAGUUGAAGGGUGACCUGGAAGCGGCGGAUGCUGCCAUUCGAGGAUUGGCCUUUGCGAGCAAUGGCGCAGCCAAGACGGAUGCUCCGAGUAAUAGUAGCAAAACGACAGACUUUCCAGGUAGCGCGGUUGGAGUGCCUGCCAAUACUGCCUCUUCCCUACCCAUCAGUGCCGUUGGUCUACCCAUCGUCGACGCUAUCAACGGAAUCAACAGCUCCCAGCAGGAUCGCACCGUCACCGAAGUGGCACCGGUCCGAGAUACCCCAGACAGGGAACGAUCCAACAAUAACGAAGGCUUAGCGGUAGCAGCACCCGUCACUGACGACCCCCGUGAUAUUGAGCAUGCUCGUCCAGUGAUACCCGCAAAUGAAGUGGAACUGGAAGAGAAACGCAAACAGCGCAACUUUUGGAUCGCCAUUGGAAUCCUCACUGCGGUGGCGGUGAUUGCAUUCCUUGUUAUCGCGUUGUCUGCGUUAAAAGAAAAGGAGAGCAUCUCAUUAGUACCCAAAGAAGAAAGCCAGUCCAAUCUAAGUGAUGAUACUGGAAACGCAACGUCUACUCCCCCCAAAUUGCCUCAAGACAUCUUGACGGCAUUGCUUCCAGCCUAUACACUACCCAAAAUUGAGCUUGACUAUGCUCCGCAGGCAAGGGCGUUCAAGUGGGUCGCAGAAGACCCAAACUUUGCCAGCUACUCUGACAAACGUCUGCAGCAACGAUUUGCCCUGGCCACAUUCUACUACAGCACCAACGGAGAAUCAUGGGGGCCCGACUGGCUCAACAUCACCCAGCACGAGUGCCAAUGGGACUUUUUCAUGCCGGACGGAUUUAAUUACAAUAGAGUCAGAGGGCCCGACCGCUAUGAACUCCAGUUCAUUGAUGGUCCCUGUGUUCCCCUUGGAUACAACAGCAGCAACACCAACAUGCCAGGAGGAGGAGAGUAUCCAGACGAUUACCUCUACUUGACACUGUGGCGCCAAGAGGUAACGGGGAUCAUUCCACCAGAGAUUACCAUGCUGACAUCACUCAAAUUGGUUCAGUUGGAUUACACAACAAUGGGAGGUCCCAUUCCCACAAUCCUGACCAAUCUCACGGGACUUCGCGAGCUACACGUAUUCAAUACUGCCUUUACCGGAACAAUUCCAACGGAACUCGCUCUACUGACAGAACUGCGCACUUUGUCCAUUGGUGGAACAGAAGAGAUACGCGGAACUCUGCCCUCUGAAUUUGGUCGCCUCUCCAACAUUCAAGUUUUGCAAAUUGGCGAAAGUGGCGUCACGGGAACAAUCCCAUUGGAAUACAGUGGUCUCCGGCCUCUCCUGUUUCAACUGUAUCAAAAUCGGUUGAGCGGAACAAUACCGACCGAGUUGGGGCUGAUGUCCACUGUCGAGUGGAUUAUGCUCGAACGGAACGAUUUCACCGGGACUGUGCCAUCCGAGCUUGGUGCUCUUGAGAAAGCCAUGCUCAUUUAUCUACACGAAAAUGACUUGUCCGGUACAAUCGCAACGGAAUUGGGGUUGUUGACAAGCACCAUGCGGCAGAUCUAUCUUCACACGAAUUCGUUGACUGGAACCAUCCCUACUGAACUGGGCCAGCUCAGCGAAAUAUUCUGGAGACUACGGUUUGACAGCAACAAUCUGACUGGAACAAUCCCAAGCGAACUAGGAGCAUGUUCCCUACUGCACAGUUUUGGUGUUCAUAACAACAUGCUGACAGGGAUUAUCCCACCGGAGGUAGCAGCAUUGCCACGCAUGGAAUACUUUCGCGCCAGCAACAACAACCUCAGCGGAAUGUUUCCAAGAGAAUUCCUUCUGGACACUGGGAGCAAGAUGAUUCAAUUUUGGCUGGAGCACAGCUCCAUUUCUGGUAGCAUCCCAACUGAGGUUGGCAAGUGGACCAAGUUGGUUCAAUUCAGAGUUUCUGGUAACAACUUGACUGGCCGGAUACCAUCAGAGCUGGGGACUUCAAGCAAGCUCAAGAUUUUCCAUGCUGAGUCUAACCUGCUAACUGGGCAGAUCCCGUCUGAGAUUGGGAAUAUCACAACCCUCAAAGAGUUCUCUGUUGGGGACAACAGGUUGACUGGGACAGUUCCAAGAGAGUGUGGUUUUCUGGUGACUGAUGGGGCAUUGACACUAUUGAACUUGACCAACAAUGACGGCUUGUUUGGAACAAUCCCUGAUAGUGUCUGCUCAAUCUAUGAUGACCCUUCCCUGAUCAACAUCCUGGAAUUUGAUUGUGGGAUCCUUUGUGGCUGCCAUUGCCCUUGUGAGAAUGUAUCAGCGUUAGCCCUGCAAAAUGGUGUAGUCGUCGCUCCAGGAAAAGCUGGCCAGCACUAA